AUGGCCCUCCUCUCAGAUCGGCAGAAGGAAGAACUGCACAAGUCCAUGCUCGAGUACCUACACUCGAACAACUUCAUCGAGGCAUUCCACGCACUCAAGGAAGAGUCUGGCAUAGAGUACACACCAGAUCCGAAAACAAAGUAUGCAGGUCUCCUCGAGAAGAAGUGGACAAGCGUUAUCCGACUCCAGAAGAAGAUCAUGGACCUCGAGAACCGCAACGCCUCGCUUCAGGAGGAACUCACUCUCGCACCAUCACGUCGAGCCGCGUCCCAGUCAGACUGGAUCCCCCGAGCACCCGCAGCACACGUCCUCACCGGUCAUCGAUCGCCCAUCACGCGCGUCGCGUUCCACCCAACAUACUCAGUGCUCGCAUCAGCAAGCGAAGACGCAACCGUCAAGAUAUGGGAUUGGGAGACGGGCGAGUUCGAGCGGACACUCAAAGGGCAUACACGCGCUGUUCUUGAUGUUGAUUUCGAUUCAAAGGGGCUGCUGCUUGUUUCGUGCUCGUCAGACCUCUUCAUCAAGAUCUGGGACACCCAGAACGAGUGGAAGAAUACCAAGACGUUCGCUGGCCACGAUCACUCGAUAUCAUCUGUCCGCUUUGUGCCCGGAGAUCAGUUCAUCGUCAGCGCAAGUCGAGAUAGAACCAUCAGGAUGUUCGAUGUUGCCUCGACGCACCUUGUGCGGACGAUCACGGGCCACUUGGACUGGGUGCGGUGUGUAAUUCCCUCCGAGGACGGAAAACUGUUGGCCAGCUCGUCUAACGACCAGACAGCACGAAUAUGGGAUGCGUCAAACGGAGAGUAUAAGAUGGAGCUCAGAGGGCACGAGAACGUUGUCGAGGUCGUCGCAUUUGCUCCCAUAGCAGCAUAUGGUGCCAUAAGAGAACUCGCGGGCCUUCCGACCAAUGACCGGACAAAACGGCCAGGCUCGUUUGUCGCUACCGGUGCAAGAGACAAGACGAUUAAGCUUUGGGACACGCAAACAGGCCAGAUCCUCAAGAAUCUCCCUGGUCAUGACAACUGGGUACGCGCGCUCGCCUUCCACCCCUCGGGAAAAUACCUGCUCUCGGCAUCAGACGACAAGACAAUCCGGGUGUGGGAGCUCCAAACGGGGCGAUGCAUGAAGACCGUCGACGCGCACGGUCACUUUGUCACCUCGCUCGCGUGGGGGCGGCAGCUCGUCUCCGCAGGGCGGACCACCAACGGCACUGGUGGUGUCCCCGAUCCAUCAAAGUCGGGAGACGCCGAGAAGCUCGUUAACGUCAUUGCGACGGGGAGCGUCGACCAGACCGUCAAGGUCUGGCUGCCAUGA